GGAAAUGAAGACCCUAUGAAGUCACCACAGGCAUGAAAAGAAAAUAUCAAUAUCUAGUGGAGAUUGAGGAAUUUGGAAACCAAAGGGCAAUAAUGAAAGAAAUCCUGAGGGAAGAAAAAAUCCUCUCUAGGUGCCAGUCUUGUGGAACUCAAUUUUGAUUAAAAAGAAAAAGGUAACACUCACAUGUCUGUAUCGCAGUCAAUCAUAACUGUCAACAUGGAGGAGAAACACUUUACAUGUCUUGAGUGUGGAAAGAGCUUCAUUUGGAGGAGCCAUCUGCUACUGCAUGAAAGGACUCACACUGGGGAGAAACCCUUUAAAUGUCUGGAGUGUGGACAGAGUUUCACUCAUAGUUCAGGCCUACGUUCACAUCAAAGGACUCACACUGGGGAGAAACCCUUUAAAUGUCUGGAGUGUGGACAGAGUUUCACUCAUAGUUCAGGCCUACGUUCACAUCAAAGGACUCACACUGGGGAGAAACCCUACAACUGCCUGGAGUGUGGACAGAGCUUCACUCAUAGUUCAGUUUUGCAUUCACAUCAAAGGACUCACACUGGGGAGAAACCCUAUACAUGCCUUGAGUGUGGACACAGCUUCACUUAUAGUUCAGUUUUGCGUUCACAUCAAAGGAUUCACACUGGGGAGAAACCCUAUAAAUGCCUGGAGUGUGGACAGAGCUUCACUCAGAAUUCAGGCCUACGUACACAUCAAAAGACUCACACUGGGGAGAAACCCUAUACAUGCCUUGAGUGUGGACACAGCUUCACUUAUAGUUCAGUUUUGCGUUCACAUCAAAGGAUUCACACUGGGGAGAAACCCUAUAAAUGCCUGGAGUGUGGACAGAGCUUCACUCAGAAUUCAGGCCUACGUACACAUCAAAAGACUCACACUGGGGAGAAACCCUAUAAAUGCCUGGAGUGUGGACAGAGCUUCACUCAGAAUUCAGGCCUACGUACACAUCAAAGGACUCACACUGGGGAGAAACCCUAUACAUGCCUGGAGUGUGGACAUAGCUUCACACAUAUUUCACAUCUACGUUCACAUCAAAGGACUCACACUGGGGAGAAACCCUAUAAAUGCCUGGAGUGUGGUCAGAGCUUCACUCAGAAUUCAGGCCUACGUUCACAUCAAUGGACUCACACUCGGGAGAAACCCUACAACUGCCUGGAGUGUGGACAGAGCUUCACUCAGAAUUCAGGCCUACGUAGACAUCAAAGGACUCAUACUGGGGAGAGACCCUAUAAGUGCCUGGAGUGUGGACAGAGCUUCACUCAUAGUUCAGGCCUACGUUCACAUCAAAGGACUCACACUGGGGAGAAACCCUAUAACUGCCUGGAGUGUGGACAGAGCUUCACUCAUAGUUCAGUUUUGCGUUCACAUCAAUGGACUCACACUGGGGAGAAACCCUAUAACUGCCUGGAGUGUGGACACAGCUUUACUCACAAGGGAAACUUACAUACACAUCAAAGGACUCACACUGGGGAGAGACCCUAUACAUGCCUGGAGUGUGGACAGAGCUUCACUCAUAGUUCAGGCCUACGUUCACAUCAAAGGACUCACACUGGGGAGAAACCAUAUACAUGCUGGGAGUGUGGACAGAGCUUCACUCACAAUUCAGACUUACGUUCACAUCAAAGGACUCACACUGGGGAGAAACCCUAUAAAUGCCUGGAGUGUGGAAAGAGCUUCGCUCAAAGUGGAAACCUAAGUUCACAUCAAAGGACCCACAGUGGGGAGAAAUCCUAUAAAUGUCUGGAGUGUGGACAGAGCUUCGCUCGUAGUUCAGGCCUACGUUCACAUCAAAGAACUCACUGGGGAGAAACCCUAUAAAUGCCUGGAGUGUGGACAGAGCUUCACUCAGAGUUCAGGCCUACGUACACAUCAAAGGACUCACACUGGGGAGAAACGCUAUACAUGCCUGGAGUGUGGACAGAGCUUCACUCAUAGUUCAAGCCUACGUAAACAUCAAAGGACUCACACUGGGGAAAAACCGUAGAAAUGCAUGGUGUGUGGACAGAGCUUUUCACGGAAUAACAUUAUACAUAGACAUCAUAGAAUUCACCCUGGAGAGAAUGGUGUUAAUUGACACCAGAGUGUCAUUCCAACGUGUACAAAAGCAACACUUGCAAAUUUUGGAAAUGCAAGCUCAAAGUUGAGACAUUCAUCACAUGUGAUAUAUUGUAGAAAGAUCGAACUAAAAUGCCUUCCAUUCUGGAAGUAAUUAAGAUGAUAGGAAACUAGAGUUUUAUAUGUUUAGAAUGUUGGAUGAUGAAUUAGAAUAAAAACAUGGGCUGUUACUGCGAGAUACUAAAGAAUUGACUAUACACAGGGAUGGAAGGAAUGUUUUAUUCCAAAGCAAAAAAGAAUGGCUUAUGUAGACCUGCAAAUUAGCCAAAACAAACAAGCUGACAACAACAUGGGCAGAUGUCAGUUGUAAUAUUUAUUCAGUGGAAGAGUGUUAUCGGAAAUAGAAGUGUUGUUAUAUUAUCUAAAGGGAGAAGAAUAAUGAAAGAUAAAAAUUAACAGAUAGAAUGAGGCUUUUAGGCAUGUAUCCCUGUCUGUUUGUUAGUUCAGCUGUGUGUCUAUGUAGGUAACUGUUUCGUUAGUGUGUUUGUUUCUGAUUUAGUUUUGUAUCUCAUGUAGUACUUAGUUUCAUGUAUAGUUGAAGCAUUAUAUAUAAUAUCUGCCUUUUUUAUUGUUGCUUUUAAUCUCUUUUUUAUUUAUUUCUUUUUAUUUAGCCCAAAAUGGGGUUUAAUGUUUAAUCUAGAGCACCUUUGAAUAUUAUUUCCUUUCUCUGUGUUGAUGACAUGGGUUUGGAUUCAAUUGUCUUGCUUCAGACAUUAUUGUUCCUAUUAUGCUUUAUACAACAUGUAUUCACUGCUUUGAUCACCAUCCAUUCUUUUUCACUGCCUUGUCUAUCCCGCAAACCCCUCCAGUGUGUUCUCUUGGUCAUCAGGGUUCAGUGUGCUAAGUUUGGUCCACAUCCGUCAUUGGUGGGCUUUCGAAUGCUCUCUGGAUGCAGGGUGAACUACAACUCCAGGGUCUUUGUGCCAAGUUUGGUCGUCAGUGUAAGGAUGUUAGGAGUUAAACAGAGAUUAUUGAUAUGAUUUUAUUUGUUUGUUAAAGAAAAAAGAAGGAGUUAUAUAUUAGCAAGGAAAAGGCCUAACAUGGAAACAGUGUUUGGCAGGUUGCCAUGGUAAUGCAGCCUCUCUUUGGAGAAGAAGGGGGCGUGGCUUAGUUGGCAGUUAGAGCAUAGACCUUUUUAAAAAGGGGUGUUGCUGUUAGGUUUUGAGAAGAUUAGGAGCUGUGGGAAUCAGCUAAGGACGUCAGCUUAUUGUUCACUCAGGGGAAAGGCUGGUGAUAUAAGUUGACCGGGUGUUUUAUUUACUGGUUCAAGAGAAGUUAUUUAAGAUCUAUCCAUUCAAGCAAGACUACAUUGUAACUUAAGAUCCGGAACAUUUACUGAUUGAAACCACACGCUUAUGUACAAAUAAACUUGAAUUUUGUUGUUCAUAAA